AUGGGUAAUAGAAAUGAAACACAGCCGACUGAAUUCAUUCUUCUAGGGCUGUCAACAUAUCAUCAACCAUUACUUUUUGGUAUAUUACUAAUAAUUUAUUUUUUAACCUUGAUGAGCAAUACGAUGAUCAUUGUGACAGUGACUGUAGAUGCUCAACUUCAGUCUCCUAUGUAUUUUUUCCUGCGGAGCUUGUCUCUUACAGAAAUAUUUUACAUAUCGGUAACAGUUCCCCGCAUGCUCAGAGACUUCUUAAAUCUAAAUAAAGCAAUAUCUUUUCUGGGUUGUGCUUCCCAGCUUUACUUUUUCUGUUUUCUUGGUACAACAGAGUGCUUUCUGCUUGCAUUUAUGGCAUAUGACCGAUAUGUGGCUAUCUGUCAUCCUCUUCACUAUAUGACCAUAAUGACCAAAUCCAAGUGUCUAGAGUUCUCAGUAGGCUCAUGGCUGUCUGGGAUUUUAUUGUCAUUAUUUCAGAUUUCCUAUGUUUUUAGCCUUCCUUUCUGUUCCUCCAAUAUCAUUGACCAUUUCUUCUGUGAUAUUCUCCCAGUGGUGAAGCUAGCUUGUGCUGACACUUUUUCUAAUGAGAUAGCGAUUUUAAUAUACAGCUCUCUAGUUAUACCUCUACCAUUCCUGCUUAUUCUGGUGUCCUACAUAUGUAUCAUUACUACUAUCUUAAGAAUGCCCUCAGGUGUGGGAAGAAAGAAAGCAUUUUCAACAUGUUGGUCCCAUCUGACAUCUGUAACUUUAUUCUAUGGAACAGCUACAAUGACAUAUCUCAAGAUGAAAGCGACCAAAGCAUUUGGAGGUUCAAAAGUUAUUUCUCUUCUCUAUAUUGUAGUUAUUCCCAUGCUUAAUCCUCUAAUAUAUAGCUUGAGAAAUUCAGUUUUAAAAAAUGCCAUGAAAAGACUGAUGCAUUUAAACAGACUCCCUAAAGUGACUUUUCAGUGUAUACCUCAGUUUUUUAAAUAUUUUUAA